AGAAAGAAAUCUGCGCUGUGAUGUCCCAACAGCCUCUUCCAAUCUGUGAGUGAUGGCUCAAACACCUUGCCUUUCACAAACAAGGAAACGAGCUCAGAGCUCAGGAGACUGGCCCCAGGCCUCGAAUUAAAUCAGUAAAGAGGUGGAAGUGAACACAGAGCCCUCAGACUGAAAGCUGUCCAGACAGCUGCAUGGAGCAGGAGUCCAGCCCUCUGUCUUUUCAAAGCCUCAAGCAGAAUAGCUACACUGGACAUUUGGCAGUUACUGAUGAGCACACUCUCAUCGGAUUUGGACCACCACUGAGCUGCAGAGUGAAGAGGGCAAAAAUAAAUUCCCAGGCUCCCAGCCACCAUGUGCUACGGCAAAUGCGCACGAUGCAUCGGGCAUGCUUUGGUGUGGCUCGCGAUCCUCUGCAUCGUAACUAAUAUUUUGCUUUACUUCCCCAAUGGGGCCACAAAGUAUGCCUCUGAAGACCAUCUCAGUCGGUUCGUGUGGUACUUUUCUGGCAUCGCAGGAGGGGGCUUGCUGAUAUUCCUGCCAGCAUUUGUGUUCAUGGGGCUGGAGCAAGGUGACUGCUGUGGCUGCGGCGGCAAUGAAAACUGUGGCAAGAGAUGCGCGAUGCUUUCCUCUAUACUGGCUGCUGUCAUCGGAAUUGCAGGAUCUGGCUACUGCGUCAUUGUGGCAGCCCUGGGCUUAGCGGAAGGACCACUCUGUCUUGAUUCAUCCGGCCAGUGGAACUAUACCUUUGCCAGCACCGAGGGACAGUACCUUCUGGAGAGAUCCUCAUGGUCCCAAUGCAUUGAACCCAAGCAUGUUGUGGAAUGGAAUGUGUCUCUGUUUUCCAUCCUCUUGGCACUUGGUGGAAUUGAAUUCAUCUUGUGUCUUAUUCAAGUAAUAAACGGAGUGCUUGGAGGCAUAUGUGGCUACUGCUGUACUCACCAUCAGCAAUAUGACUGUUAAAAGAACCACCCCAAGACGAGACCACAAUCUUCCUUUAUCUCAUUGUAAUUUAUAUAUUUUACUUGUCUUAAUUUGUAAAACUUUGUACUAGUGUAUCAUACUUCUCAUAUUCUACUUUUAUAAAUGUUCGUAAAGACUGGCAUCUUCACGUGAUGUCAGUGUUUGAACUUAGCAAAUAUUUUUUUUUUUU